GGUCGCGAGACGUGCAUGGCGGCGUUGCGGAGGCACGUGUUUGUUGAAAAAGUGCUGAAGAGACUUUUUCCUAAUGUUCCAUGUGGCCAAGAAAAGAAGGCAUCAGUGACUUUAGCCUCCAAAAAUCCUCAGGAGAAAGUAGAGCCUAAGGAGGUGACAGGCAGAAUCACACCUCCCCAGACAGUCGGCAACACCAGGACCCAGCCCGAGAAGCGGCACUAUACUGCAAGUUUGCCUCCUCAAGGCCACCUUCCCACUCCGGGCCUGCCAGGGCCCCGCAGCCACACCAGCUCCCAGAGCUCCUCCAGCAGUGAUGGCCCCGCAGACAGGCAAGCGCCACUUUCUUAUGAAAGCUGCUGUGUGUGUUCCAAAGGCUGUGCACCUUUGGCCUGUGACACGGGCAGGCCCACCGUAGGUUAUGGCAACGAGAAGCCGUCCUCCUUGGCAGCCGGCCAGUGGGAAGUGCUGAGCAGCCUGAUGUAGCCCGAGAGCUCAUUUCUCUGGCAGGAGCCCAGUUCCUCUUGCCACUUGGCACAUCUGCAGGGAUGCUGUGCUCUGUGAGGCUUCAUGACCCAGUACAGUGAGGCCAGAGUCCCGCUGGGCCGCUGGGACGAUAAGUACAUGGUCCUCCGCUUACACUGAUCAGUCAUUUCCUGAGUGGAUCGCAUCGCAGGAUCCUGGAGGUUCGGGCACCGCUAGUGGAAAUACAAGAUGAGAGGAUGCCCCGCCCUUCCCAUAGCACCACGAACUCGUCCAAGCAGCUGGCGGGAAACAGGUGCCGCUUAACUUUUAGAAGAAAAUGUCCACCAUGUCCCCCACACACCUUUUCUCUGGGUGCUCGUGAGUAUACACUGGCCACCAACUUACACAUGGGUGCGCUCUCCAGCUCCUGUCAGAAGUGCACCUGGGUGGUGAUAAGGGGCGUGGUGGAGGGCACACCAACCGUCCAGUCCACUAGGCUGUGUGAGGGCUUACUUGUGCCGGGAGAUCAUGGGAGAGCUCUGUAUUGAGCAUCUCAGGACUUCAUUUUGUGUGUGUGUGUUCAUUUUUAGUGUCGAUUAAUUAAAGGCAUGGAGAAUGUUUUUUCUUUUUAGUUUGGCAUCACACAGGUUGAGCAGACUGUCAGU